AUUAGGGAUGACACGAGGAGGGAGGAAUAUUAAGCUAAAGAUCAAAGAUAAUCACAAUUUUCUACCGUUUUGGCGAGAAACCAUAUGCUGUGAUCGUUAGUCCAGUGAAGUCUCUGCACAAAAUUUACCUUACUAGCUUCAAUUCGCUCUCUGCUUCUGCCUUAAUUCACCAUAACUCCAUUUUGGUUAAGCUCAAGCAGAUUCAGUGAAGCAUUCACUCAUUUAUUUAGUUUCCUCCUCAGAUUCUGAAUUAACAACACAUCACAGCAAAGCUAUGGAAAUUAAUGUUAGAACCAAUUUCUGAGAAGAUCGCUACCUCUGGAUCAUACCCAUAUACUGGAAAAUGGGGAUAUCAGAGAAACGGAUUUGGAGAAGCGAGAAUUGGAUUGGGCGUGGAUGGGCUUUCUCUGCGUUCCUGGGAAUAAUGCUGCUUCACAGCUUGGCCAUUUUGCUGUUUACGAGAGGUUUCCUUCUUACUCGCACGGAGCUUUCCCAAUAUAGUGAAUGCAACGACGUCUUGGAGUCGCCCUGCUUUGCUCCUACUCGCGAUCAAAAUGAUGCUAACGGAAGUUGUUGGACCAAGCCUGUUGUUGGCCGUCUUGUUAUCAUCGUUCUAGAUGCUCUAAGGUUUGAUUUUGUCGCUCCCAGCACAUUUUUUGCAGAGAAAAAGCCGUGGAUGGAUAGGUUACAAGUGAUGCAUGAACUUGCUGCUCGGAACCAAUCAUCGACAAGAAUUUUCAAAGCUAUAGCCGAUCCCCCUACCACCAGCUUGCAGCGUCUAAAGGGCUUGACUACGGGUGGACUUCCCACAUUUAUUGAUGUGGGGAACAGUUUUGGUGCUCCAGCAAUUCUUGAAGAUAACUUGAUACAUCAGUUGGUUCAAAAUGGGAAGCGAGUGGUGAUGAUGGGGGAUGAUACAUGGGUGCAAUUAUUUCCAGAUCAUUUUGCCACAUCUUAUCCAUUCCCAUCUUUUAAUGUCAAAGACCUUGAUACGGUUGACAAUGGGUGCAUCACAAACUUAUUCCCCACCCUGUACAAAGAAGAUUGGGAUGUGCUAAUAGCUCAUUUUCUCGGUGUGGAUCAUGCUGGGCAUAUAUAUGGAGUUGACUCUGCCCCAAUGAUAGAAAAGUUGGAGCAAUACAAUGAAGUUAUAGAGAAAGUUGUAAGAGCUCUGGAGAGCCAAAGUGGACCUGGUGGUUUGCAUGAAAAUACAAUGCUUCUUGUCAUGGGAGAUCAUGGGCAGACACUCAAUGGUGAUCAUGGGGGAGGCACUGCUGAGGAGGUGGAAACAGCAAUUUUUGCGUUGAGUAUGAAGAAGCCUAAUUCAUUACUUGCUGCAGCUGAGAGUUCGUCUUGCCAAUUGGAUGUGCACGGAAGGCGAGUCUGCACUAACUCAAUUCAACAGCUAGAUUUUGCUGCAACUGUCUCUGCUCUGCUUGGUCUUCCAAUUCCUUUUGGAAGUAUUGGGCGUGUUAACUCUGAACUCUAUUCCUUGGCUGGUGGUACAUGGAAUCAGGAAGAGUCGAUUAUUAGUGAUGAUCAAAGUUCAUCAGAAGUUCAAAGUUGGAUGCUGAACUAUGUGAAUGCCCUUUGUAUUAAUUCCUGGCAGGUGAAGAAAUAUAUCGAUGUCUAUUCAUCUUUAUCAUUAAUUGGAUUUUCGGAUAAAGACUUGCUGCAUGUAUCAGAGCUAUAUUCAGAGGCACAGGAACUUUGGUCAAUCACUUCAAGAAAUAUCCUGGGGGCUUUUGUACCACUGGCUUUAGUCAGACGGCAACUUGAUGCAUAUUCUAAGUUUCUGGAAAGUGUUGCUGCACUAGCACGAUCCAACUGGACUGAAUUCAAUUUGAAGAUUAUGGGAAUAGGCUUUUGCGUCAUGUUAAGUUCACUUUAUCUACAUGUAUUUCUCAUCAGGAGGCUGGACAAGUUAUGUGGGCUCCAGUCAUUUUUGUCUGACUAUUUUAUGAAUAUUUUGGGGGCGAAUCUUGCUUGUAUUGUAAUUCUGAUACGUGCAUUGAGUUUCCUUUCUAACAGUUUUAUUCUUGAAGAAGGGCGAGUGGCAAGUUUUCUUUUGGCAACAACUGCAAUACUUCAACUACGUCAAGCUAUAAUGAAGAAGAUGAUGCUAUCCGAAGCACUUGUGCUUUGUCUUUUGGUUCCUUUUCUCAGAAUCAGUAUUGAAUUAGGACAGUUGAAGCAGGCUGUGAACUCAUUGUUCUUGAAGAUUAAUUCCUCAAACAUGCUGGGAAUUGACAAUAAUUCUGAGCUCUGGAUGUAUAUUGCUGAAGUUCUUCCGAUGUUAGCUCUUGUUAUCGUUGCAUAUCUUCUGUACAAGAGCAUCACUUCUUGUUCUUCUCAGGGCAUUUUGAAGUAUGUUGCUGCAGGAACUCUAUUUAACUAUAUGCUCAUACUCUUAAACUGGGCCUCAGAUAGCAGUGUACUGAGUUCAAGCCUUUCACUUUGGCGUAUAAAAGGGAACCUAAUCCCUCGAGUGAUCUAUGCUGCUGGACUUCUACAACUCUCAUUAUUGGUCAUAGGUCAACUUAUUGAUAGGGGGAGAACCUCAAACUUGGAACAAAGUACAGUUGUUAAAGCAUUGGCCUUGAUAGCUGCAUGGAGUCCGGCGACCAUUUUGUUGUCUGGGAAACAGGGUUCCCUUGCUUUCUUGGCUUUGCUGAUCGGAGGUUGGUGCUUAAUUAGAUUAAUGGCCUUGGAACAGAACACAGAAAAUUACUCUUCUGGAUCUUUCUCUUAUGCCCUUCCUGUAACCCAAUGGAGCCUUCUGGCUGUGUGCAUGUUUUUCAGUACCGGUCAUUGGUGUGCUUUUGAUGGCCUCAGAUAUGCAGCUGCAUUUAUUGGGUUUGAUGAAUUCAAACUUAUUCGGCAAGCAAUCCUUCUCACCAUUGACACAUUCGGUUUUUCACACAUUCUUCCUAUAUUUGGACUUCCGCUCAUUGCGCGCGGUUAUCUGCUGAGGCAGAGCAAACAAGUAUUUUGUAUUAGAAUAUGUCAGGUGUAUUUGAUGUAUGGACUCAUCACAGCCAUAACAACCACAUUCACAAUGUUAUGUGUCACAAUACAAAGGCGGCAUCUCAUGGUCUGGGGAUUAUUUGCUCCAAAAUUCGUCUUUGAUGUGGUUGGCCUUCUUCUUGGUGACUUGUUGAUAUUUUUGUCAGCUCUAUAUUAUACUUCAUGAAUAUAUGCUGCAAAAACCGUUACCCUUUCCCCUGUCGAUCUUUUCUUGCAAGAGCUGAUUUUAGGAUUGCAAAAUUUCUUGGAGAUCUGCUCACAUCCACACCUACUGGGCAUAAGAAGAUGACUCUGACACCGAUUUUUUUUCAACGAGAUCCUUCAACCUUUUGCAGUUAGGGUUGUAGGUUGAUGGAUUAUAUACAAGCUGAUGUGAUCAUUUACUUUGGAGCAUAAUCACACAGCAAAUUUGUUUGGGAACUUUGUGACUUUUUUGAUAUAGAUUGAUAGUUGCAAAAUUUUGCUGGAAACUGUAUACUUCUUCUUCUUCUUCUUCUU